AUGCUCCCCCGAGAGAUCGGUCAACCCUGGUAUGAGAUCGAUGAUUUCUGGGAUAGUAAACUCUGGGAAAUUGAACCACAUUGCCAGUUUGCCGGUCUUGGGGGCGAAGAUACCAUGAUUCUGAGUGGUGGCUAUGGUGCCCCAAUACAUUGGAAAUCCUUCGAGCCAGUCAAUAUGUUGAUGCGCAACACUGUGAAACGCUGGAUUGCUAAAGCUGCCCUGCGGAGCACGCCCUUGUGGCUCAUUACAGGCGUGAUAAUGCUAGCAGUCACUGGAUCAAAAGGUGGAGGAUAUGCUCUAGCAUUCAGAACAUGGGCGGCCCAGCCAUGGCUAUUCGGAUUCGAGGGUUAUAUGGAGAUUGGUGAGAUCGAGAGAAUGAUCUUUGGUAUAAAUCUUGGCCGGUUGAAGUGGAGCCCAUAUUCUAGUGAUCUCUCGCUUCACUAUCAAGACCAGAACGGUGAGUGCGUGGGACAAUAUCCUACACGUCGACCUUCUCCUGCAGAAUUUGUCUCCACUGCUUUCAAUUCCGAGUAUGGAGAGCUCACACUUUUUACCUUGAUUGACACCAGCACCUUCACUGUUGCCCUAUUCCGAGCAGUCCAUUCCCCCGUUGCACUGUUGCUCUGUGGCAGCGAAGGCGGCAUGCAGCGAGCCCUGCUUUGCUCCUAUGACUGGGAAACACAGACACUCUAUCGCGAAACUGUUUUGCGGGUCGAAACUAUCACUUUGGAGCACAUGUCACGCGUCGAUCAGUUUCGGCUGGGAUUGAAAAGACCUAUGGAGGAGACACUAGAAGUUGAUUGUGUAUGA